AUGGCAUUUACGUACCUUUGGUGUAUUUUUUUUUUAAAUGAUAAAUUUAAAAAUACAUAUAUUAUUUUAUGGAAGUAUUUAAUCAGUAUAUGUGAAAAACAAUCACUUAUUUUUAAAAUUAAUAUUCACAUUGAUUUUGAAAUUGGUGCUAUUGAAGCAGUAAAAAAAGUUUUUCCGGCUGUAAAAAUUAAAACAUGCCGUUUUUACUUGGGACAAGCUUGGUGGCGCAAAAUUAAUGGUGAAUCAAAAUUAAGAAUGGCAUAUAACGAUAAAAAUAACGAUUUACAAAUAUGUCUUAAAUCAUUUUACGGACUUUCUUUUAUCGCUCCAGAUGAUGUCGAGGAUGCUUUUGUCGAACUUAUAAGUGUAUGUCUAAAUAUUUCAGUUGGACGACUUUUUUCGGAUUAUGUUUUGGAAACGUAUAUUGAACCGGGUUGUUUAUUUCCACCUAUUUUAUGGGCUGAAACACCAUCAUCAAAUCCUAGGACUACAAACGGGGCUGAAAGUUUCCAUAGUACAUAUAAUGCACAGUUUAAUAGUGCUUAUCCACCAAUAUUUUUUGUUAUAACUACCCUUAUGGAAACUCAGGCAGAAACAGUUACCAAAUUAUUAACCAUUUCCAAAGGUAUAAUAAAACCAAAAUCGAAGGAAGAAUCAAAGAAAAUUGAAAAUCUGGAAAAUGAACACAAACAUUAUGUAAACAAUAAAACACCAGAAAUUUACUCAAGUAUUUGGCCAUAG